AUGGCGAUUUCGUUUGCGGCGAGAAUCACUCCUCCCUUGCAGAUUCCACACGUCAGAUCGCACACUGCCGCGUCAUCGCGCUCACCGAGAUCCUUGAGCCCAGCGCUCUAUACUUCCCGUUCCAGCGGACAUGUUUCGGUGCCUCUUUACAGCCCUCAUUCCGUAUGCGUUCCGACCGGAACGCCAACGUUGCUUGCUGGCCGGAGACAACCAGGCGAUGUACACAAAGUGCCUUCGUUGACAUCCUUGAGCGGCAUGUCGAAAAUGCGGCGUAUGCCCAUCCGGAUGGAUUCCACAGCGAGUACUGCCAGCACGGAAGCUUCCCCGUACGGCCGCGCGCUGAGCAGGGACUCCUACACGGAGCGCUUGGACGAGGAGCUGCGCGUUCUUUGCGAGAGCAUUGACCAGGACAAGGAUGGCCGCAUCUCCAAGUGGGAGCUCUUCCGCGCUGUUCAGAAGAGCGAGGAGAUUGCGCGGACGUUGCUGCCGGGUCGAGAUCCCAGCAUCGUCAUGAAAUGCCCAGACACGUUUGACGAGGUCGAUCGCCUCUACCACAAAAUAUCGGGAGGACAAGAAAGGAUCUCCUAUGCCACCUUCGCGCUGUACUGGCAGCAAGCACAGGCACCGAAGGACAACGGCCCUCGUGACCUUCAGGACGUCUUCAAUAUGAUCGAUGCAGGCCACACAGGGGAGAUCUCAAAGCUGGCGAUGCUCCAUGCCGUGGAGACCUCCCCGUUGGUCGCGCGGAGGCUUUUCCCAGGCUGGCAGUUGGUAGUUUGGGGCACAUGGUUGGCGAUGAGAGUCCUAACGUGCUUUGCUUGUUCGGUUCCACUCCGUGCUAAAGCCUUGCAAGACUCAGUACGAAUCGGACUUUGCAGAAGGAUGCAUCGGCUUGCGGUUGGCAUGGAUUUGUUUUAG